AUGGAUCUGAGCUAUGACACAGCUCGCAUUAAAGGCAAAACCAUACUUAUCACCGGCGGCGCCUCAGGCUUUGGCGCUGGAUACGGUGCUCGCUGGGCAGCGGCAGGGGCAAACGUGAUACUCGGUGACAUCAAUCCAGCCGGCGAAGAAGUCGCCGCGCAAAUCCGCCAGGACACGCAAAACGAAAAUGUUCAUUUCAUCCAGCUAGACGUCACAUCUUGGAAAUCUCAGGUCAAUUUCUUUCGCGAAUCUGUGAGAUUGAGUCCACAUGGUGGAAUCGAUACUGUCGUUGCGAAUGCUGGUAUCAACAAUAGCGAGGAAUCUCGAUCCUUCGAAAACCCACACGUCGACUACUUGAACGAUCCCAGCCCGCCGGCUCCGAGUUUCAAGACACUGGAUGUUAACCUCACUGGCGUGAUGUAUACAGUGCACCUAGCGUUGUUCUUUCUACCGAAAAACCCAGGCUCGAUGCCGUGUGAACAGGAAUCGGUUGCCUCGGAGUCGGGGCGAGAUAGACAUAUCCUGCUCAUGGGGUCCGUUGCCAGUUUACAUCCGCUGAUCACGCAGGCGCCGUAUACCGUUUCGAAGCAUGGGGUACUUGGAUUGUUUCGGAGUCUACGUGUGACAGCUCCUGUCAGCGCUGGAGUUCGAGUCAAUAUUAUCUGUCCAUACUAUACCGAUUCCACAUUUAUGCAAACGCCUGUUCGGGUACUGUUGGCGGGGGUGCCACUCGGGAAAAGUGAGGAUGUUAUCGAUGCGGCGUCAUAUUUGGUUGCCGAUACAGCGUGUAUUGGCCGCUCGCUGGUUACGGGACCCAAACUGAAACUUGAUUAUUCGACGGGAGAAUUUGAGGCUCUGCAUGAUGGAAACGAUAAAGAAGGAGCUGUUUGGGAGUGCUAUCUAAAUGACUCGGACCCAGCAGAUAUCUUCACUCAACGGAUGCUCACGGUUGUUCAUGCCGCUGUGAAGGCAAGAGGAUGGGCUGGUUGGGUGUCUGGUAUGGCUGAAUGUGAGCUUCCUGUGACAGCCCUCAGCACGGUCAGCCUACGGCUUGGUAACAUGCGGCUCUUGGCCACGUGGCGGAGCUUCCCGUACAAGGAAGCGGAACAUGAGGCUAUUGCGAGAUAG